AUGUUGUUUAAGUUAUUAUUAGCAUUGUUGCUUAUGUUUUGUGUUGAGGCGCAAGAUACUCGACAGAUUUUGUUAACUUUGAGCUCGGUUGGAAAUUCUGAGAAGGGGGCGCAAGGUCCACCGGGUCGUCCAGGUAAAAGAGGACCACCUGGAUUGAGAGGCUCAGCUGGACCUGUCGGCGUACUCGGUCCUAAAGGACAAAAAGGAGAAUGUACUUCAAACAGUGCAUGCGUCGAUAACACUAUACAGGAGAUGGAAAACCGGUUCAGCAGGUUUAAAAAUCAGAUUGAAACUCUUUUCCAAACUGGAGUUAAACUGAUAAAUGGAACAGUUUGGUUUUCUGCCGGAAAUGGUUAUUUAUAUCGAACUCUCCCAGCAUCAAACUAUCAUGCUGCUAAUCGUACGUGUGCAGCAAUCGGUGCAAGAUUGGCUGUUGUUGCUCCAAGAAAUAUAAACAUAACGAGAAUGAUUAAACAGCACUUCGGCGUUGCAGCACCACACACCUGGAUCGGCCUUAAUGACAUUGAACAAGAGAACGCUUGGGUUUGGGAAAACGGGGAGCGACUUUUAAGCAGUGAUACAAAUUGGUUUACUGGAGAACCGAACUCGUUUGCAUCUGGGGAAGAUUGUGUGUUAUUGUAUCCUUCAGGACAUUGGAAUGAUGUCUCAUGCGAUCGCGUUUAUACACCACUCUGCGAAAUGUCAGUGUUUGAUACAUAA